CUGGGCGCGCGACGGCACCCGGCGGCGAUGGCGGCGGACGGGGACUGGCAGGAUUUCUAUGAGUUCCAGGAGCCGGCCCGGAGCCUCCUGGACCAGGAGAACUGUAACGCGAGCCCCGAGGCCGGGGCAGGGGCGGGGGCGGGCGCGGGCGGCGAAGGCUUCCCGGCGCUGGCCUGCAGCUUGGAGGAGAAGCUGAGCCUGUGUUUCCGCCCCUCGGGUCUCGGCGCCGAGCCCCCGCGGGCGGCCGUGCGGCCCAUCACCGAGCGCAGCCUCCUGCAGGGGGACGAGAUUUGGAAUGCCCUGACAGAUAAUUAUGGAAAUGUGAUGCCUGUGGACUGGAAGUCAUCCCACACUAGGACCUUGCACUUGCUUACUCUGAACCUCUCAGAGAAAGGGAUAAGUGACAGUUUGCUUUUUGACACAUCAGAUGAUGAGGAGCUGAGAGAACAGCUGGACAUGCAUUCCAUCAUUGUCUCCUGCGUUAAUGAGGAACCCCUCUUCACGGCAGACCAGGUUAUUGAAGAAAUUGAAGAAAUGAUGCAGGAGUCACCAGACCCAGAAGAUGAUGAGACUCCCACACAGUCAGAUCGACUUUCAAUGCUCUCCCAGGAAAUUCAAACUCUUAAGAGAUCUAGUACGAGCAGUUAUGAAGAGAGAGUAAAAAGGCUCUCAGUAUCUGAAUUAAAUGAACUACUGGAGGAAAUUGAGUCUGCCAUUAAGGAGUACUCCGAGGAGCUGGUGCAGCAGUUGGCCCUGCGAGAUGAACUGGAGUUUGAAAAGGAAGUGAAAAACAGCUUUAUUUCUGUUCUUAUUGAAGUCCAGAACAAACAGAAAGAGUACAAAGAAACAGCCAAAAAGAAAAAGAAACUAAAAAACAGCAGCUCUCAGAAUGGGAAGAACGAGAGAAGUCAUAUGCCAGGCACACGCUUCAGCAUGGAAGGGAUCUCAAAUGUCAUUCAGAAUGGCUUCCGCCACACCUUUGGAAAUUCAGGUGGAGAGAAACAGUAUUUGACAACAGUCAUUCCCUAUGAGAAAAACAAUGGACCACCAUCUGUUGAAGAUCUUCAAAUAUUAACAAAAAUUCUCCGUGCCAUGAAGGACGACAGUGAAAAAGUUCCGAGCUUGUUAACUGACUAUAUACUGAAAGUUCUGUGUCCCACCUAGAGCAGCAUUACCUUCUGUGGACAUAACAUUCUGAGAGUUGGUUACCAUGACCUUCUUGCUACUGGAAACCCAUCACACUUGACCUUGGGUUUGUGAUUCAGUAUUAAUAGAUCAUGACUUCACUAAAUCUUUAUAUUAUAGAACCAAGAAAACUGUGGCACUCUUUUGAAUUCUAGAGGGUUUUUUUGGGUAAAUCUAAGUUCUCUUAACUUAGUGAAGAAAUAUCACUUGUGCAUGGACAGUUACAUUUUUCAUUAACUUGACUGUAUGCCUGGUGUUUUUAUGGCUUUCUACAUCUAAACUGCACUGAAGAACUAGAUUAAAGCAUUGGGAGAUUUAUAUUAUAGCUAUUCUUCAGUGAUGGCAAGAACACACACAGAUUUUUUUUAAAAUAAGAGGACUGUCAGUAUAAAUGUUACCUAUCAGUAUUGUCCAGAAACUGAAACUUAACAAAUGUGGGCUGCCUUUGAAGCAGCAGCACUGGAAUAUGCAUUACCUUGGCUUAAGUUAAUAGUAUUGCCUCUGCUUGAGAUGACUGAUUUUAUAGCUUGCUGCUUUUCACCACUGUUCACACUUUAACCAUCUGCCACUCUCAGAAACUUGUAUUCACUUUAUGUCAAUAUUUUGUUUCAUGUGUCUGUAAAGAAGUGUACUUUAAAAGGAGUUUGAGAAGGUGCUUAAGAAAUCGUCUGCUGCUGCACUGCCCACUUCCCAUCGCUGUUGUUUUAUUCAUGCCUGUGCACCGUCCUCCACGGCUGAUGCCAGAAACAGCUAUUCAUGAAUACAUCACUAAUCAUGAACAGGUCUGCCAGAUUCAAUCAUGUCAAUGGCAUUUAAUAAAUAUAAAAAUAAUAUAUGUUAAA